AGCAAACAAGGCUGUGGGGGUGGGUAUGGUAUAACUGAAAACAUUUCGAUGCAGUCUCAAAUCGAGUAUAGUCUAGUUUAUGCUCUGACAUUUUAAGGAAAAAUGAUCCGUAAAAUAUUCGUCUGUGGUUUAGCAUUAGGGAUAGACAUUGCGAUAUUUUGCGCACCGGAAAUUGGAUCAAAAAGUUACGAUGCUCUCAGAAGUUUACUCCAUAUUUGGGCAGUUGCCAGUCUUCGAUUGGCAAUUCUAUACGGUAUUUUGCUACUUGAUGUUGGAUCCUUGAAACCGGUGCUUAAGCGCGUUUUAGCGGGACAUUGUCUUCUCGCACCGUUGUAUGAGACUGGUAGAGUGCUAACGUACGGAUGGCCGGAAGACAGUGCAAGUGGACCGCUGGGAGGUCUCAGCGCUUGGCUUCUGUGUACAGUGUCUGCAGCAGCCGCUGCUCUGUUUUGGGAGACGACAAUACCAGACAGUGAUGGACAAAACGGCAAAGAGAAUAAACGCAAGGCGCGGGUGUUGUUCAUGAGAGUCGUCCGUUUCUACAAGCCUGACUAUCUUAUAUUGGUUGGAGCGUUUGUCUUCCUGUCUCUCGCGGUGCUAUGUGAGAUGUUCAUCCCAUUCUACACAGGAAAAGUGAUAGACAUCCUGGGAUCCCAGUACCAGUGGGAUGACUUCCGCUCUGCCAUCCUCUUCAUGGCACUCUACUCCUUUGGAAGCUCGUUCAGCGCCGGCUGCAGAGGAGGCCUGUUCAUGUGUUGCAUCAGCAGCUUCACCUGCAGGAUCAAGGUGUUGCUGUUCGGAGCUCUGGUCAAACAAGAGAUCGGUCUGUUCGAAGCCAUCAAGACAGGUGACAUCACGUCCAGGCUGUCCAAGGACACAACGCUGAUGGGGCGCACGGUGGCCCUGAACGUCAACGUGCUGCUGAGGACGCUGAUCAAGACCGGAGGGAUGCUGUCCCUCAUGGUCAGCCUGUCCUGGAAGCUCACUCUGCUCAUGCUCAUGGAGACCCCCGUCACCGGCCUGCUGCAGAGCGUCUACGACAGCCACUACCAGAGGCUGUCUCAGGAGGUGCAGAACUCCAUGGCCCGGGCCAACGAGGCUGCUGGCGAGGCGGUGGGAGGCGUGCGCGUCGUACGCAGCUUCAACACCCUGCGGGGCGAGGCCCGUCGCUAUGACAACAGGCUGAUGGACACGCACAACCUGAAGACUAAGAGGGACACCGUCCGGGCGGUUUACCUGCUCGUGAGGAGGCUGACAGAGCUGGGGAUGCAGGUGAUCAUGCUGUACUACGGCAGGCUGUUUAUCCAGAGAGGUCAGAUGACCACGGGGAACCUUGUCUCCUUCAUCAUAUACCAGGGGGACCUGGCCAACAACAUCAGGACUUUGAUCUACAUCUUUGGAGACAUGCUGAACUCAGUGGGGGCAGCUGACAAGGUGUUUGAGUACCUGGACAGGGAACCGCAGGUCAGCACUAAGGGAACAUUCGAACCGGACCAACUUCUCGGACACGUCCAGUUCCAGAACCUUACCUUCUCUUACCCAAGCUGCCCUGAUCACAAGAUUCUCCAGGAGUUCUCUCUUGAGCUGCUUCCUGGUCAGGUGACCGCCCUGGUGGGGCCGUCUGGAGGCGGGAAAAGCACCUGCGUCAGCCUAUUGGAACGCUUCUACCAGCCCCAGCAAGGAGAGAUUCUAUUGGACGGAAAGCCUAUCCACACCUAUGAGCACCACUAUCUACACAGAAAGGUGGCCAUGGUGGGCCAGGAGCCGGUGCUGUUUGCCGGGUCAGUCAGAGACAACAUAGCCUACGGCCUGGAGGACUGUCCUCUGGAGAAGGUGCAGGAGGCUGCUCGCAGGGCCAACGCUCACAACUUCAUCAAUCAGCUGGAGAAGGGAUACGACACGGACGUCGGGGAGAGAGGGGGCAUGCUGUCCGGAGGCCAGAAGCAGCGUAUCGCCAUCGCCAGAGCCCUCAUCAGAGACCCUCAGGUCCUCAUCCUGGACGAGGUCACCAGCGCACUGGACACUGAGAGCGAACACAUGAUUCAGCAGACACUGGCUAAGAUCCCCUCCCAGACCCUGCUGGUGAUAGCUCAUAGGCUGAAAACCAUUGAGGAGGCGGACCGAAUUGUUGUGAUUGGUGAGGGCAAGGUGCAGGAACAGGGGACCCACCAGGAACUGAUGGACAGGAAGGGUACCUACUACAAACUGAGAGAGAAGCUCUUCACCGAAGAAGACACAAUACACUGACCUGAUACUCCCUUCUUGUAAAGUUGUAAAUAAAGAUCAAUAUCAUUUUCUCACAUUACACAGAUAGACAAACCUUUUUUAAAGUUGAGAUUUUAGAGGGGUUACUUUGAUAUCUGACAACAAUGCACUGGCUUUUGUAGCUUGGAGAUGUAUUUAUUACUAGAUUUGUCUAUAUAUAUUUUUUUCUAGGUAUUGUUCUAUAAAUUUAGUCUGCUUGCUUUUUGUUGUCUAUUCUAUGCUACACUUUUGUUUUAACCUAAUGAGAAACCUUUAGACCUAUAAUAAAAAUCUGAUGAGGAAUAAAAAU